AUGUUUUUUAUUUUUCCAAUAGGACAGAGAAGCCUUUAUCAUGCAGGGGACAACUUGGAGACCUUAGUUCUAAUCAACCCUUCUAAGUCUUCAGUAUGUGACGAGAUCCGGAAGCUGAUUUGCCAUUCCUCCCAGCACAAGCUCUUGAUAUUUACUGGCCCUUUUCUUGAAGAAACUGGUGAAAUGCUUCUACAAGGUGGAGGAGCUUUCUCCUUAGAAGACUUUAUUCAGAUAUUUACAGAUAAAGAGAUUGGAGAAACUCUUAGCUCAUCUGAUCCCACAUCUCAUGUCAGCUUGACUGUUUCCUGUCCUGAAAACUGGGAUUUAUCACAGUUUGACAAAUGUAGCCUCCAAGAUUUUAUUGAAUUGCAGUUUAACAAGGACAAAAUGUUUCCUGAGACAGAGGGUCUUCAAGAAUUAGCAGAGUACCUGUCUGAAUCCCUUGAGCCCUCUUCUCCCUUUGAAUUGCUGGAGUCUCCCACCACUGUGGGCUUUUUGAAGUUAUUUAAACCUUGCUGCUAUGUAUUCCCUGGGGGUAGGGGAGAUUCUGCGUUUUUUGCUGUCAAUGGAUUUAACAUGCUGGUGAAUGGAGGUUCUGAUACUAGGUCUCCAUUCUGGAAAUUAAUACGCCACUUGGAUAGAGUAGACUCUAUUCUUCUCACCCAUUUGGGGAUUGACAAUCUACCAGGCAUUAAUAGUUUACUACAGAGGAAGAUUGCAGAAGGAGAAGACGACAGCUCUCAAGGAGAACAAGCAAGUGAAGAGUGGCUAAGAAAUCUGAUCUCUCCAGAGCUAGGUGUGGUAUUUCUAAACUCUCCAGAGAAAACCAUUAAUGAAGAAGAACCCAGUAUAGUAACAGUUAGGGAAGAGGUUGCACUCACACUGCGAUGUUUAGAGAAGCUUGGUAUUCGACCAGAACCCUUGUACCGCAGCAACACUGCAACUAUUGAACCUACUAUUCUUUUUCAAAAGAUGGGUGUUGGUAGAUUAGAAAUGUAUGUCUUGAACCCUGUGAAGGGUAGUAAAGACCUGGAAAUGUUUACAAAACAGUGGCCUGGAAUUUUGAAACAAAAGGUGUCCGAGAUACCACUGACUUCAAUAACCUCAGUCUGUGCUCUACUUGUCUGGCAUCCUUCUGCACCCUCUGAGCGAAUUGUAAGAGUAUUAUUCCCUGGUUGCACACCUCAAAAAAGAAUUCUUGAAGGUCUGGAGAAGCUAAAACAUCUAGAUUUUCUGAAAGAUCCUGUCGUAACACGAAAGGACUUGGAGAUUAAGGGAAGCAGUUUUACAGGUAAGAUUGGUGCAACACCUAGUCGGACCGGAAGUAAAGAGAGUCUGGCAUCUGGAUCAGGAAGACUCAGUGCUGAGCCAAAACUUAGACCAGUAAGAGAUAAGUCAUUGAAGACUCCUAGAAAUGAACUGAAGCCAGAUGGGAAAGACAAAAACAAAGUUGCUGUAGAGACUGGAGCAGAAGGGGAAAAAAUUAAGGAGCUCAAAGCUAAAACUGAAAGUGCACUUGAAAAGCAGAGACCUGAUUCAAGACUAAAAACCCCAAAAGAAAAGCCUAUAAUGAAAAAAGAGCAGCCAAAAGAUGAAAAGAAGCCAUCGGUCAAAAAGGAUGAUGUUCACACAGAUAAGAAAAGAGAAACCAAAAAAGAGCUGCGAUCUGUUGGUGAAGCCAGAACAGAAACGCUAAGGAGGGAUACCAAAGACAACAAGGGUGAGGAGGGUAAGGGCACAAAAGUUGCUGUAAAAGACAUAAGGAAAACUACUGCUACACCUGCUGAUUCUAGGAGACCAAUUUCAAAAGUAGGUUCUUUGAAGAAAGAAACUGGAAGUUUGAAAAAGGAUUUGAUAGUAGGUAACCAAAUGGUGGUCAAGGGUAAGCCCCCAGGUAAAGAGCCAGUUAAGGACGUUGUCAGCCAGUCAGCUGACAGGGCUACUGCCUCUGCCAGUAGCAGUCUUGUUACUGGUGACCCAGUGACAAAUCAUAAAGCAACAGAUAAAGGUAUUGAGGCUGCUGCAUGUGCCCCUAUUAGCAAUGAUGGACCUAUUAAUGGGCAUGGUGUUCAUGCAGAGAAUGGACUGUGUAGAGCUGAGCCAGAAAGUCCUAAUGGAUUCCGGUACUUGGAGACAAGUCCCCCCAAAGGAUUAGGUCCCGUGUCUCCAUUGGCUAAAACGCCCAGAAGUGAUAUUAGUGUAAAUUUUGACUUGACUCCCACAAACCUAGAGAUCCAAGAGAAAGGAAGAAGUGCACACCAUGGCCAGGACUGGUUGGAUGACCCCUGUGGAAGCUCUGAAGAAAGGACUUUGGAGAUGGCAUCCCCAGACAGUUCAGAGCAUCACUCACCAGUUGCAUCACAGCAAAUUUGUGGUCAGUCGAUACCAUCAGCAGAUGGAAGAAAUGUUAACUCUUCCUCCUGGAGGGCCCCUCCCAGAUCUUCCCAAGAAAACUCAAACUCUUCACAGGGAAGGCAGACCAGUUGCCUCUCCUUGAGUCCUUUCCGGGAAGAUAUGCCUGAUGUUUCUCCAACUAUAACUACUCCUUCGUUGCCUGCGGAAGUGGGCUCACCGCAUUCUACAGAGGUGGAUGAAUCUCUCUCCAUCUCUUCCUUUGAACAGACUCUUCCUCCUGUCAGUGAGUCUCCUAGGGAUGUAUCACCAGACACCCAUAUGCCAAACAGAGUAGGUCUGAGUCUGCCUGUUCAUCCUUCACAUUCUAGUGAACCUGAAGGUCAGUCUGAAAGGUCAGCUUCUCCUCAUGAUGUGGACUUAUGUUUGGUAUCCCCAUGCGAGUUUGAACAUCAUAAGUCUGAUGCUGUAAUAAGUCCUCAUGAUAGUGACAGUGAUCCUUCCCAGGAGUUGCCCAAGCCCCCAGGCUCUUCUGGAAAAUUUUUUUCAAAUGGACCAGAGACUCCACCUACUUCAGUAAGUGAAUCUUUGCCUACGAUAUCUGAUUCUGGACCAGAAGAGUGCCCUUCCAUAGCUGCUGAUGGUGCUUCAGAUUCAGAGGGUGACAACACUCCAAGACUUUUAGAUCCUGUUCCACCUAACAUGAAGGACCCUCAUCCCCUGCCUCCUCAACCAGGUACUUGCAUGGUUGACCCUGAAGCCAUGCCCACAGUUCAUGCAGACAAAACUCAAAACCAUUCAUCACCUUCCAAUGUUCGAAGCAAAACUAGCAAGUUGUCUGCCAAAACUAAAGUUAUUGCAGAUAAAACGGGCAAGGUUGCCACAGGAAAAACUGAAAUGGCACGAGCUGUAACAGACCCCAAACCAUCUGCCAGACGCAGUUUAGGAAAUUCAAUAAAAGCCACUCCUGCAGGAAGUCGUUUAGCAGCAUCUGGCCAAAGUAGACCUCUACAUUUGGCCUCAUCCUCCCAUCCUGCUCAGCCAGUAUAUGUGGACCUGGCUUACCUGCCUGGGGGACCUGCUGCACAAACCAUAGAGGAAGAGUUUUUCAGACUGGUGCGCUCUUCCUGUUAUGUUAUUAGUGGAGACGAUCCUAUCAAGGAAAAAUCUACCCGCAAGGUUCUGGACUCUCUACUGGCUGGAAAAAGCCACUGGACACAAGAUAUACAGGUAACGGUGAUUCCAACAUUCGAGUCCCCAGCAGUCCGUGCCUGGUAUGAAGAAACCCAUGCCCUUCAGCAGUCAUUGGGUGUAAUUGUGCUGGGAAGCACCAGCAGUGUGUCAAUGCAGGAUGAAACUUUCCCUGCCUGCAAAGUGGAGUUCUAAUCAUUUUCCACACCUUUUUAUCUACAUGCACUUCUAUUUUAAAUCCUUUUUGACACAGAGAAGGCUUUCAGGUUAUCGGAAGCCUGUUCCUUGUCUCCAUUGUGCUUGCCUGAUGAUGCAAAGAUGUUUGAUGCUUCCCCCUAAAGAUAUGUGAGGCAUGUACAUUCCGAUGAAACAAUCAAAAAGGACUGAAUGUUCCCUUUUAUUGCACAUCUGUAUGCAUUCUGCUGGGAAGGAGAAAUUUGUGCACAAUUUGAAGAGGACCGUUGUUGUUUGCACAUUCACUCCAUUGUUCACGUUACACUUUUUGGCAUGCAAUUCUUUACCUACCAAUUGACUUUACCUCUGCCUGACCAGAAGACCAUGCUUGUAUGUCACUGUCAGAUGUUUACAGUUGUCUUGUGUGUGAAGGAUUAUUAAUAUGUAAUGCAUUACCUGAUGCUAUAGGCAUGCGUUUUAACCCUGACAGCACACAUUAGCUUUGCCUAUGAUCAGAGCAUCAGAUUAUUCACUUGUCCAUUUCAAUGCACCAUCAAGUUUAUUGUGUGUCUCUGCUAAAUCGUAGAAGAUGACGGCUGUCGUCCAAUCUAAAACUGCAGUGAAUUUACUCCUAGAUGAGACUGGCGUACUGAAUGUGAUAACUUGGUAUUAUGUUUUGAAAUGGUCUCCAUUCUGAUUAAUCUGGUAUUUGAAAUGUUGUCCUCCACAGAGUAGUGUUGGCUCAUGUGUAGCUUUUUUUUGGCUGUGAACUUCUGUAGUCCUCCUCCACAAGACCGUUUCCCAAAAUGUUGAGGCAGCAACAAGUAAAGGCCAUUUAGCUGCUUUUACUCGGUUAUGCAGCGUACCGGUUCUAAGCUUUGUGACCGAUGGGUUACAAUGCUCAAACAUUUUAUACUACAUUUCUCUUAGGAUAAACCUAUUACUUGUGGCACUCCAGUUGUAGUACAGUUGAUUGAUGUUUUGGAGUAGAUACUAUUUUAAAUAUCUGCUUCUCUUUAUUUAUGAAGCCUACUUUAUAUUUACAACCCUUUGCCAGCAGAUGGUGCUGGGUAUAGGAAAGCACACUUACAGCCUGGCUUUUCAUCACCCUCCAGUUUAAAAGUUUGGUAACUGUGAUAAUUUUUUCAUUCUUUUACAAAUGUUUACUGUAUAAGAAAUAAAGAUAUCCUGGGUGUGAUGAAACCUCUAGGUUUAGUAAGCAAUAUUCAUCUUUUGCAACAUGGUUAAUUUUGGUGUAUUUUCUUUAGGCAAAUGAUUUACAUCAGUACACAUUUGAUGCCAUAACCUGUGGGCAUCAAAAAUGGAGCUCGAUGCAUAUUACUUAUGCCCACUGACUGUUUCCGUUUGUCCAGGGCUAAUGAUGGCUUAAUACCCAUGAGCAUUUAACACAAAUUUAAUGGAGACAGCAGAAUCUGACA